AUGUGCAUGAACGUUCAUUUGGUUAACGGCACAGAGGACGCCUCGCUUCCCUUCUCGUCCUAUUGGCUGUUGCAUUUUCUCUCCCCAUCCUCUCUCUUAAAUCUUUCUAGCUCCUUCUGUGCGUUGUGUGCUUGCCUGCUUAUGUCCUUAUAUGUGCUUGUGUGCAUGCCUUCACGGGUGGCACGUAUGCGGCGUACACGUACUGUGGGAAAUCACAAUGCCGAGCUCAGUCUAUCCUCCUUCGCUAGUCCACUUCUUGACCCUCGCCUCGGCACUCAGUCCGGAGACAGUUUUGCCUACGCACUUGCCCCCACCGUCACCACCACUGCUGUAUCUGCCAGCCCCUCAUGCUCUACGAAUACCACCACCGUUGCCGCUUCACACUCCUCUCGCCAGCACAAAAUCCACGACUCGCCGUCUCGCAAUUCGGCUCAGCACUCGGUCGUCGCCAGGGCACGCAACGAAUCGCCGCCUCCGACGCCGCCGCAAGUGACAUCUGAACAACAGAAGCCAGUCACUGACCCGACUCAGCAUCAAGCGGCUCGCCAACCUUGUUGCUUCGCAGCCCCGUUGAGUACAGUUAGCGUUUCACAGAAACACCGUCCUCUCGCAUCGGAGCCCACGAAAUUCGAACAUUCCCUUCCGCACCGCUACUCGUGUACCUCGUCUCUUGACUCUACCUCUUUCGCGUCAUCUUCGCCCUUUGUCUCAGACGCCUCGGAUUCCGGCCUCGAUCACCAGGCUUCAUCGAGCACAUCUGGCAGCUCCGGUGACCGCCUUGCCGUCUCGAGCACCUCUCUUGCUCAAAGCCAGCGGUUCCCUCUGUCGACCACUGUCUCGGAGUCGCCACACUCCCAGCCUAAUUCCAUCACAACCACCACUCCCGUCACCACAGGCGCUAUCAACAGUUUCAGCAAUCCCGAUUUCGCACAGUCCACCAACUCUCCCCUCGACCUGCUUUAUCUGCCGCCUUUGCUCGUCUCCCGGCCGGCAUCAGAGCCCAUCGGCCCCUUCGUUUCGGCAUUCGGUACAGCCCGAAGUGGUCCUUCCUUGACGCAGACCCGCGCGCCCACUCCUUGUCCCUUUCCGGGUGGCCCAUUCACCCAGGCGCCCUGCUACAGUGGCCAUCAGCCGUCGCCGUCGGCGCUGCUGGCUGUGCGAGACUCCUCCUGGCUUAAGUUGCCCGUCUGCCCUUCUCUACUCGACUCCGCGCUCUCCUGUCCCGGCCGGUCUCUGUACGAGUCGGGUUCAACGCCGGACUGGCUCGGCAAGCUUGACGCUGACUCAACUGGACCGGGCGACACUGUGAAAGGCGAGCCACUUGCAGAGGACUGCCAGACGGCCGUCGGUCAGGUCUGUCCCUGCGCCCAUCCCCGCUCAAAUGUCCGAGUGGACCGAGGAUUCGUUACUGUCUGCUACGACUUUCUAAAGGUUAGCUGUCUACUUCCUAUUGUCUCCAGUUGUUGUUUUUUUACCAUAUUAAAUUUACCCAUCCGAUUAAUCAAGAUGCUUGACAUUGUCGAAUUGAUCUCCUGA